CCGCACUCACUAUUUUUUCGAGCUUUAUCAGGGGUUUUUAAUUUUAAUUUUAUUUUUUCAUUUUCUCUCUCUUUCCCGGAAACGAUACUUUUUACCCGCAUUUUCUCGGAAAAUGUCUCUGCCGUGACAAAUAUAUUCUCAUCGGCCGAGGAAAUAGGUCCAUAAAUUUUCCCUCUGUGGGGAUCUCAAAAGGAAAUCGGAACAGAUUUCCAUCUCCAAAAGUUCAUCGGAACUCCGUGUGUCCUUACAUGUUAAGCUUUCUCUUUCUCUCUCCAAUGAUUUCUUUGCGCAUUGAAAGAACGGCUUUCAGUUUUCGUUUGUGAUCUGAAGCUGAAAUUAUAUCCUUUUUUCUCCUCCUCUCUCCUUCUCCCCGAUUUUCUCUCUCUAAAUUUCAUAUUUUCAUUUGUCUCUUAAAUUUUCCUCUGCAAACUUAUUUCUUUCUGGGAUUAACAAGCUGCAGACUUGAGUUUUUGUAGUAAAUAUGUAAAAUUUCCUCUUUUUGUUCUCUUUCUUUCUGUAUCUCGAUUUCUAUCUUUAGCUCUGUUCGGAUCCACAUCGUUUCACAAUCAUUUUCCUUUCUUGAUGGUUUCGUGUUUUCAUAAUUCUGCUCUUUCUGCCCGAAUCAUUGUCUGAGAAAUCAACGACAAUUCCUGCACAUGCAAGAUCUGAUCUUUCUUCAAUAUCUCUUAUUGAUGGCACUUUCUUUUCCACCGCCCGUCUGUCUUCUGCAAUGUUAAUCUGCGGCGCUUUCCCCUAAUCUACGAUGAAUAUCUAGGGUUUCGAGGUUAUUUUGAGGUUGCGUUAUUCGUGAAAAUCUGAUGAGUUUGAUUUGAGCUCGAUCUCAAACCGAUCCUCUCUCACGAUGCUCAAACAAAUUCUCAGUAGGCUCCCACGAAAAUCAUUAAAAUCGGAUUCACCUGAGAGUCCGAGGGGCGGUUCUGGCGCUGGUGCUGUUAAUGGCAGCCACCAGGCGAACAAUGGGAAUGGUGUGUGCAGCCGAUCUAGCCCUGCUAAACGCAUGUCCUCGGCGGUGUUUCCAGCAAGCGUUGUUGCAGGUAUUGAGCCUUUACUUCCAUUCAAAGAUGUGCCUAAUUCAGAGAGGAUGAAUCUUUUUAUUAGCAAGCUCAAUCUAUGCUCAGUGCUGUUUGAUUUCAAUGACCCAAGUAAGAAUUCUGUAGAGAAAGAUAUCAAAAGACAAACAUUGAUGGAGCUUGUGGACUUUGUUGCUUCUGCGCCUUCGAGGUUUUCUGAACCUGCAAUUGUAGCAAUGUGUAAGAUGUGUGCAAUUAAUCUUUUUAGGGUGUUUCCACCUAAUUAUCGGUCUAAUUCGAGUGGUGGUGAAAAUGAGGAUGAUGAGCCAGUGUUUGACCCUUCUUGGUCCCAUUUACACAUUGUGUAUGACUUGUUGCUCAAAUUUAUUACUUCUUCUCAUCUUGAAGCAAAAGUAGCGAAAAGGUACAUAGAUCACUCGUUUAUUUUGAGAUUGCUGGACCUCUUUGAUUCCGAAGACCCUAGAGAAAGAGAAUGCUUAAAAACAAUUCUGCACAGGAUAUAUGGGAAGUUCAUGGUUCACAGGCCUUUUGUCCGGAAAGCUAUAAGCAAUAUAUUUUACAGGUUUGUGUUUGAGACUGAGCGACAUAAUGGAAUUGCUGAGUUACUGGAGAUCUUUGGGAGUGUAAUUAGUGGGUUUGCGUUGCCUCUAAAGGAGGAGCACAAGAUCUUUUUGUGGAGGGCUCUGAUUCCGCUCCACAAGCCAAAAUCUUUGGGCGUUUAUUUCCAACAGUUGUCAUAUUGUGUUACACAGUUUAUAGAGAAGGAGCCAAAGCUAGCGAGCACUGUGAUAAAGGGGCUAUUGAAAUAUUGGCCAAUAACAAAUAGCCAGAAGGAGGUUAUGUUUCUGGGUGAGUUGGAAGAGAUCCUGGAAGGAAUCAACAUGACGGAAUUCCAAAAGGUGAUGGUUCCAUUGUUCUGGAGGAUUGGUUGCUGCAUCAAUAGUUUCCACUUCCAGGUGGCUGAAAGGGCUCUUUUCUUAUGGAACAAUGACCAGAUCGUCAACCUCAUAGCACAUAACCGGCAAGUCGUCUUGCCAAUCAUAUUCCCGGCCUUGGAGAGGAAUACCAGAUCUCAUUGGAACCAAGCUGUGCUCAACCUAACCCUAAAUGUGAGAAGGAUGUUCUCGGAGAUGGACGACAUGUUAUUCCUGGCCUGCCAUGCCCAGUUUAGGGAGGAAGAAGCAAGCCUGAGACUGGCUGCAGAGAAGCGGAAGGAAAUAUGGGAACGCAUGGAGAAUGACGCUAGUCUCCAGCCCACGGUUGGAAAUACUGCGGUUCUGGUUAGUUCUUUAGCGACUUCAAUUGCUUGUUAAGCAGCCGCCUUAAUUAAGGGUUUUUUAACUGGUUAUUUAACGGUUGUCCCACUGUUUAGUUGUUUCUUUGCUCCCUUUUCCCUGUGAUAUAUAUGUGGGGAGAAUGUUUUAAUGAAAUUGGCCGUUGGUCAGGGGUGGGAAAUUUUUUGGAUGGGGUCCUUUGUCAAUGGCCAGUUGUUUGUAUAAGUUGUUCUGCUCCACUGUGUUCCAUUUUUACUCCUGUAUGGACUCUCAGUACGAUUUGAUUCCUCUUAGAAUGUUAGGGAAGGCCAGUGAUGGGUUAUACAAUAUUUUGUACUAACCAUCUCCUUUUAAUUGGCUCUUGUUAAUUGGCUA